CACGCUGCACAGCGCAACACCAUACGCAACACCAUACGCAACACCAUACACUGAACAACAUGUCGUCGCGCAACCCCCCGCCAUGGGAAUGCAAUGGUCGCGACAGACCGCCACAGCGACCACCGCCGUCGUCCACGAUACCUGCCAAGCGCUCGGCGGACUCCCGAUCACAUGGCAAUGCAUCGAAGCGGUCGACCAAUGCAGCAGAAGAGGCCUGGGUCGCCGACGAGGACCGCUUUGUGCUGCAGCAGGCGAAGAAGAAGGCAGCACUGCGCGUCAAGGGCGGUCGGGCCAAGCCCAUCGACUGGCUCGCCGUCACAUUGCGCUUCAUCGACCCUACCAAGUCGACACACGACGAGGAGGUUGAAGACCACGAGCUGGACGUUGUGGACCCGGAAGGCGUGUUGGAGGGCCUGGCUGCCGAGGAUCUGUCCGAGCUGGAGAAGGAAAUCGGGAACUACCUUACGUUGGAGACCAAUCGAAGCAACCGAGAGUACUGGAGUGCCCUCAAGACCAUCUGCAAAGACCUCCGCCGCCAGUCGAGGGCAUCGAGCGACGCGCGCAGCACCAACUCGGUCUCUGCCGACAUCGACAAGCUCCUCGCCCCGAAGACGUACGAGCAGCUUGAGACACUGGAGCUGCAGGUCAAGAAGAAGCUGGACUCGGACGAGCCCAUCGACUACGACUACUGGGAGCAGCUGCUACGCAACCUGCGCAUAUGGAAGGCCAAGGCAAAGCUGCGCCGCGUGUCGCAAGAGAUCGUGAAGGAAAGACUGCAGGCCCUGCGAAAGCAACAGGCGGAGGCAGCAUUGUCGGUGCAGGAGAAGCUACAGGAGAAGCUACGAGAGGAGCUGGACGGCCCAUCAGUUACUGCAGUAGCGUACGAUGCGUCGCUUGACCCAGAGCCGUCGCUGAAGCUGCGCACGGAGGACAAAGCUCUGGCCCAGGUGGACGAGCAGAGGUUUCUCGACGACAUUGCCGCCGAACGGACAAAGAUACAGAAGCUCGGCUACGUCCCCGCACUGAGCGCUGCGUCCGACCAAGCGACGACCAACAACAAGCCAGCCAGCAGCGGCGCGGCUACUCUCAGUGCAUCGCGGUUUGCACCCGUCGAGAAGGAAGACUACUCGCAGGCAACCAUGGCCCUCUACGAACGAGAGGUCGCACGCGGGGUCGAAGAGGGCGAGGAGGUCUUUACGGUCGAAGAACAGGUCACGACUGCCCGACCGCAGUGGGCUGGCACGUACAAGCCCCGGAAGCCCCGCUAUUUUAAUCGUGUGCAGAUGGGCUACGAGUGGAACAAGUACAACCAGACCCACUACGACCACGACAACCCUCCCCCCAAGGUCGUCCAAGGCUACAAGUUCAAUAUCUUCUAUCCAGACCUCAUUGACAAAGCAAAAGCCCCCACGUACAAGAUCGAACGCGAGAAUGGACGCAGGCGUGGCGAGUCCUUUGCUCCGGCCGGCGAGGACGACAUGUGCCUGAUCCGUUUCAUCGCCGGGCCGCCCUACGAGGAUCUGGCCUUCCGGAUCGUCGACAAGGAGUGGGACUACAGUGCCAAACGGGAGCGUGGCUUCAAGAGCAGUUUCGAUAAGGUGAGUGCCUGACAGCUCAGUCGUGCUACACCAUCCCACGCUACGCAUGCCACCGACGCAAAACAUUGGCUAACGCGCGCAGGGCAUAUUGCAACUGCAUUUCCAGUUCAAAAAGGUUUAUUAUCGAAAGUAGCCGACUACCUCCCGGCUCGCGAAAG